AUGCAUCCAGACACCCCGCUGAAGACGGCGGGCGUAACAGAAAGCCCCCCUCAAUGGGCAGCAGCAGAAGCUGCAGAUCUGCAGCAUCCUGAAGAUUCAGGCUUAGCACAAUCACUACGCUUCUACGUAGCUCAUGCAAAUGCAGGCAUCCGCAAUAUGUGCGAAAGCCCCGCUACAAGUGAUAUCUUUCGUUAUCCCCCUGAGUCUCGCACUGCUGCAGCAGUAGCCUUGGCAGCAGAUAAAGAAGACCGUUUGCUGCACCUCCUUCGGGGCUACGGAUGUGCAGUUAUCCUUGCAAACCUUAUCACCACCUUCUUGUGCUCCACGCUGACUCGCAACAUUCAUAUCAUUCCGGCUGAACCCGCGACAAGUCUGGAGGAGGCCUUGGCGCGUCCUCUGUCUGUGCUUAUUACAGUCACUACGGUUUUAUUUGAAGACGGGCUUACGGGAGCGCGACUGGCAGAGUGGGAGUUGUGGGGUGAGCAAGGAACAGCCCCGUCUGCGCAUGCAUUGCUGGGGGAGGCGCUGCAUGCAGCUGAUGCUGCAGCUGCUGCCGCUGCACCUGCUGCAGCAGCAGAACCAGGAGAUAACCAGACAACUGCAACACUCAACCCCUUAGGAGCAGCAGAUAACUCUACAGAAGCAACAAUGCAGCGGCGGAGGCUAGCAGACGCUUUAAUCUUCUCUGUAACAACCCCACUCCAGCAGCAGCAGCAGCAGCACAUGCAGCAGCUGCAGCAGCUGCAGCAGCAGCAGCAGAUGCUGCAGACGCAGCAGCUGCAUCCUGCUUCUCCUCAUCUGUUCUCACUCUCGCAGCAUGCGCCGCUCGUGCAUGCGCAUGCAGCAGCAACGAGUGAACAUAGUCGCCUACUGGGGGGCCCUUCUUCUUUUGUUUUGUUGUGA